AACACUCUCAUAAUGGAAUGUUCCUAGUGUUAGAAAACCAAUAAAAACUUGUUGUACCACGUAAUGUAGGUUGUGUUCGGUUCGAUCGCCUAAGUAGCCGGUUGGGCGACUGAAUUGAAUGUUAGGUUAACGAAAUUUCCUUCACAUCGCGAGCUGUAACAAGGAAGUGACUGUGGAUCUCUAUCCGGAUUAUCGCGAUCUACAGCAUCAGCGACGAAGACGACGAACAGCGAUAGGAAAGUGUGGUAGACAUAGUUCGCCCCUAACCUUACUGCUGAGGGCUGCAGCGUUUGUGGUUUGCGAAAACUGAUUUCCAGAAACCACGUGCAAUAGAAGAAACUGCUUUGUGUAAAUCUGUGCAAGCUGCAAGCCAUUUGCUGUGACCCAUCGAAGCUCUGCACAACGCUGAAGCAAAGACCACGAUGGACGUGGGCAAGUUGUUUGAUGACCUCGAGUCGAACAACCCGGAACGGGUCGAUGAGGUUAAACGCAAGUUUCAGGAGAUAUUUACCUCCACAAAAGAAUCAUGGCUGGCGUACAAUAUGAUGGAGUACUUUGGCCAGACGUCUUCGGUGCGAAUAGUUGACAUUUUGGUGAAGGUUCAGCAGCCGCACGAUAAGUACAUUUUCGACAAACUUUCGGAGUGGAUUCGCAGUGGAGGCACGAAGGUACUCGGACUUACUCUGUUUGGACACAUUAUUCAGAAGCGUCCGCUAUGGCUAUACAAAGUCGGCAACCAUCAGUUGGUAAAAGACGUAUUGAAGCUAUCGAAGCUGGAAAAGGACAUUACGUCCCUGAUCAAUGCGGUACUCUGCAUUAUCGAUUUGCUGCCGGUCAUACCACUGGCAAUGGGCAGCUUCGUGCAGGAUCUUUUCGACGUGUUCAACUAUCUUGCCACAUGGAAACAGAAUGAAGCUCAGCUGCCCGAAUAUCAGUUGAUUCACCUGCAGUUCGGUUUGUACGAGCUGUUCACGCGGUUGUAUGGCAUGUAUCCGUGCAAUUUUGUUGCCUUUUUGAAGCAAGAGUAUGCAUCAGGUGGACGGCAGGCCGUGUUUCAGCACACGAUAAAACCCCUGCUCGAUACGGUAAAAAUUCAUCCACGGUUGGUGCUCUCCGAUCGAGAUAGUGAAACGAGUCAACAGCGCUGGAAAAACAUGGAGCCACACGAUGUGGUAAACGAGUGUUCGCGGAUGUCGUUGGAGACUCAAGAUCCACAGCCGCUCGAUUCGCAGUCGCAGUUGAUGGCAUCGGGUAAUAGCGAGUGUCCAUGUUACAUGACACCGAUUAAACCGUACGAAUACACCGCGGGUGGUGCGCUUGAGUUCCCUUGGAAGGCGAACGUGAAUUUCUUCGAUACUCUUUCGCUUGAUCAGCAAUUAUGGACGAUCACGGCACAAAACUCGUUCUGGUCGCCAAACAACAAUCUAAUGCAACCAACACCACCGCCAACUAGCACCGUACCGCACACCCCAAUACCGACACCAAACUAUACGAUCCCACAGCAUCCGGCCCCGCUGCCUCCUGCAGCGGACGGUGCAUCGCCACCUGAAGCGGCAGUAGAAGCCACACCCGAAACGACUCCAAUGAAGGACCUUAAAGUGGCCCCAAGCCGCGCCUAUCCGACGACAGUAAAACCCCUUACGGCCCGUGCCAUCUGGACUCCGUCGCAGCCUGCGUCGCCAGUAAAGAAGGACCCGGCUGGUCAGUCACAUUUCAAUUACGAUUUUCCGCUCACGGUUGUUACUUCGAAGAAGUUAUUGCGGGUACUGAACGAUCGCAAUCAGUCGAUACUGCAGCUUUCUAAUACAAACACCACGGCUACAGUAGCCACCACGGCGACCACAACGGCAACUUCGACUACUAGCAACAGUGUCCCGUCUAGCCCACUACCCAUCGAUCAGCCACCGCAACUACAGCAACUCGCUGCGACACCUCACAUCAAUCGCAAUGAGUCGCCCAUGGUACCAAUAGUCGGUGCGGGUGGCCCACGUACUAACGAUCUUAGCCAAGAGGAUCAGGAAGUAAACGACAUCAACGCCCCACAUAUGCAUCACUCUCAGUCCCUCCCGGUCGGCACGGCCGUACCAAUACGCGAUUUGUGCGGAGAUGACGAUCAUGACCAGGGCGAAGGUUCUCCUUGUUCAGCUGGAGGAUUGCAUUUUAAGAACUCCCAGUCGGUCAUCAACUAUACGCGUCGGCGUCUGCACAGUCACUGCUUGGUUGACUCGGACCCUUACUACAGCACCGGGACCUCUCCCGCCGACGCUAGUGGCAAUUUUAUGCGGAACGGUUCCACCAUGGCCACACAGCUAGUUGCAGUGACAUCAACUUCGCCGUGUAGCGCGUUUGUUGGCGAUGGUGAUAACGGGUUCCAGCACCAGGUUCCGGUUCAGGUCUGCCAGCCGCAGCAACCCCAACAACUUAAUCACUACCACCAUCAGUGCCACCAUCACAUCCAUCUGCACCAACACCAGCAGCAUAAUUACCAUAAUCACCAUCAUCAUCAUGGUGUAUAUGAACAGGGCCAGCGACGCCACUCGCUGCCAGACCUGAAACAUUACACACUAAAGGUGGAACCAAAGUUACUGCUAGGUUUGAUCGCCAAGCAGCGCCAAUCAACCCUUGUCAGCGGUCGUGAUCAGUCAAAUGCCGAAGCGAAUGGCGGCGGUGGUGCAGGAAUAGCAAGCUCCUCGACGGACGGUAGCAAUGCCGACAGUAGCCCUUCGGAGGAGGAAGCCAUUUCGGCGGCGACUCAUUUUCACAGGAAGCAAGAGCAACGAUCCAACGAGGAACAAUUGGCACGCAAUCAGCAUCUCUUUCAGCAGCUCCGGUCUAAUCUGGUGCCCGUUACGCCGACCAAUCUUUACCAUCAUCACCAUCCGCCCCCGUCGCUUCGUCACCAAACAGCUUCACAGUUUCAGGGGUCAACAUCGGUAGGGGUCUCACGCCUUGCUGCCCGGGCUACGGAUCGCCAGGAAAUAACUCCGUACGGUGCAAGCAGCACACAAGAAAGGACUUCCACAGCAACACAGACGGUGAUUAGUUGGCCGCAACCGUACGAACAGAUAUUCUACGGUAUACUGCAGGAAGAGUUGCGCUUUAAGAACAACGCGUCCCAGCAGCAGAACGAUCAGCAAACGCAGCGAUACGGCGGUCGAACGGACCCUUACGUGCUGCUCGAUCAGUACAUUGAAAUGUGUGCCAAAAAGCGUGCCACACUAACCGAGAGUGCCGCAGCCGGGGGUCGUUUGCCUGAAUCUUACUAUCAGGAUCACAUUCGAUUGCUUCAUCUGCAGCUGCAGUACGAGCGGCAUCGUCGCGAAAUACAUGCCGAGCGCAAUCGACGACUGCUAGGCAAGAGCCGCAAAAUCCGUGCUCUCGAGCAAAAUAACGAAGCCCUGAAAGAUCAGGUAGCCCGGUUAACGAAGGAAAUCGCUUCAUUGAACGCAGAGCUCAGUACGGUCCGGCGAAAGACGAACGUCGAGCUGCAGGAAACGUCGCGUGAGUGCGUGCGCUGGAAGGAGGCACUAUACGUGGAGCAGGAACGCGGCAAGGAACUGACGCUGAAGAUUGAAGCUCUGCAAGUUGCGAUAGAUGACGAAACGCGACAGCGGCGUGGCGUUGGCGCCCAUCUCGAGCAGGUGCAGGGCGACCUGUUCGAUUUGCAGAGCGAAUUGCGACAGGCACUCGGGAAAGCCGACCUUGGGCAGCAGUAUCGUGAUGAGCUAACACGGCUGCAAUCGGAGCUCAUUAUGAUGGGUGAGGUGCAGCUCCGAACUAAAGAAAAGCUAUCCGAGUUGGAUCGAUUACGUGCCCGGGAAGCGGAAAUAGCGCUUAUGAAAACAAACUACCACGAAGAGUGGAAAGAACUGAAGUUUGCGUUGCAGCAAAAGUCGGCACUGCUCGACACAGCCAAAGAGCGACAAGCAGAAUUGGAGCAACAGCUUAUAAAGCGUGAAGAAACGAUCACCCACCAGAAGCGCACGCUUAAAACAGUCAAAGAAGAAUACCAGGAAAAGUUUAAGGCAUUGGAGAAUAAGUACGAAUCACAAAAAGCAAUCAUUAUUCGAAUGGAGGACAGCAUUGAGGAACUACGGGAGAACAACUGUGCGGCGAAAUCACCGGAUUCCGAUCGAACAGAUGCUGUCGGUUCGCUAGACCAUACCUCACCGCUAUCGAUUUCUUUGGCCUCCAGCGAGGGUUUGUCGGAAAUCCGUAACCUUUCGGCUCUGGUUGCUCCGAAUUCGGCAGGCCUUGGAGCUCAGAUGAGUGGUGGGAAUGUACUGUCCAGCAUGCUUAACAGCACUGUCAGCAGCACAGAUCAUCAUGACUUGAACCACCCAAUACCGAUGACCAGUGGCCAUGCCGUCGGUGGCAGCGGUCCGCCGAGUGGUAACUUAAGGCCGGAUCCAUAACAUUGUCCUGAAACACAGGUUCGCCGAGGACUUUGGUUUUGUUUGAGAUAAACACCGGCGGCGACAGAGUAAGUUGUUACCGUGACGGUCAUUGAUCAUCUCUCGUCGAUCGAUCGUCCUUUGCAUUGGUUUUUUUUGUUGGAACGUUUUGCGUUAAGGUGUUGCUUUUGUUGAUAGUUUUCAAUGGGACAGAGGCUAUAAACGCCCUUAGACGAUUGCAACCAGUUUUUGUGUGCGCUGCGAUUACUCGGCCCGGAGGGUUACAUUGGCCGGCUUAUCCUCACUUUUGCUGUGGUUUAUUGUAGGCAAACGAUUGUUUUUCAAAGCAAAUGUGGCAUGGCGGAUACACGAAUGGCCUAUUAAUAUUAACAGCGGCAGUCAACAGUGAUGGAGAUGAUAGUUAUAGUUCGUCUGUUUGCUCGAUCUGUUCGUUCGUUCAACAUUUCGGUUCGAAAUUUCAGAAAAAGGUUUUAGUAAAGAAAGGGUUUUAGUAAAAUGUCAGAAUAACAUUAAACAGAGGACAAAAUAACAUUUAAAAGAACAACAAAUAUAUAUGAGCACGUAAAUGUAUGUACACUAGGGUUUAGCAUACUUUUGGCAAGUACACGGUGGCAUUCAAAACAGGAGAAAGCGGGGCAAAAAUGCUAAUACACCUAUGUUCAUUGGAAUGCUGCGAAGAAGAAGCGAUCGAAAUCAUUCUUUAUGAGACUGGAAUUCUCGAACGAGAAACAUUUUAUUUAUGUUUACAUGAAGAAUGAAGAAAAUCACAUCUACGAACAUUAGAACGGAAUUAACAAAACACAACAAGAACGAGGAUACAAGAAAGAGAUGAAGUAAAAGAAUCUAAAUUUAAAUGCGAUAAAUUGAUUGAAUUGAGGAAUCGGUAAUGUUAGCGGGAUCCCUGGAUACACGGGUAAAACUUAUGAAACGAGGGCUCGUGCGAAAAAUGUUUACCACAAUAAUGAACAAUAAAGAUUGAGGAU